CCCGGAGGACCUCCACACCAGAUAUAUGCUCCACACACCACAGAAGAAGAAGAACCAGGAAGCUAAGGUCGGUGGAGAGGGCCGAGCAGAUGGAGGACCCAGGACGACAAGAAUCAAGAAGGAACAUUUCUUCAAAAUAAAGCAAAACUACAAAGUGCUAUAAGUUCACUAUGUUCUCAGGUCAGUCAGGUGACAUCAAGAUGACCUCAGCAAACAGGAAGUGCUCUGCUGUCACAGGAAGUGCUAGAAAGAUCAAAGAUAACGUGGCCGACUGGCACAACCUGAUGCUGAGGUGGGAGAAGCUCAAUGAGGUCGGAUUCUGUGUAGCAGCCAACAUCGUCAACAUCAAACUGUCUCGGAACAAACAGCAGCAGCUGGUGGAUGAAUCCUCCUCGUCCUCCUCGUCUUCCUCACCUCCAGCUUUGGAGCUGCAGGACGAAUGCAGCAAACUUCAUGACAUCGUCGUCAAAAUGGUUGCCAUUGUGACAAAGAUGGAGCAUCUGAUGACAUCACAGCGAGGCAUUCGGGAUCUGGAGGAAUUUCAGUUUGGACCCGAAGGAAGAACAAGUCCUCUAUUUCACACCUGGAGCACUGAACAGUUUGAAUCCUCAUCGGGCUUCCUGUGGGAAGCGUUCAGUCAGGAGCUGAAGUUGAAGCAGGCCGUCCUGCAGGAAGUCGCUCACACCACAGACCCUGACCUUGACAUGGUCUUCCUGUCCUGCUGGCUACAUCAGCCAUACACCCCCCCCCAGACCCGACAGAACCUGGAGGCUCUGCUGCUGGAGACUGGACACCGCCCACUGUGAUGUUCAUCAUCUCCAGGUGUUAGCGUAGAUGUGUGGAACAAUAAGUGUUAAUAAAGUUCUAUUUAUUAAGUUA